AUGCAGCCAAACCCCUUUCAUUCUGCCGCUAAAUGGAUUACCAAACUAACUGGGAAAGCCAAGGCUGCACUUGACGAGAAGCUCGAGGCCAAAUCAAAAAAGAGAAAGAAUGAUGACAGUGCCAGUGUGGACAGCACACAGCCAAAGAAGUCCACUCGCGCCCUCUUGUGCUUGAGUUACUGGAGCUGGCUGGGUCUGGUGAAGAACGAAGACAUUUUAGCUGUUAGCAACCUCGCGGAUGUUGUAUGGGUGUGGGUAUAUUGCCGAUACCAGCACUCCAAGUUCACCACCAAAAAAAUAAGUGAUGCAGGGGAAAGUGCUAUGAUUCACAAGCAGACUGCAGAGGCACAGUGUAGAAUGGGACUCCCUGCUCAAACAUAUGAGAUGCCCCCAUCAACACCCCCUCAAAAGCUUCGGACUCUGGAUGUUGCAGUUGUAUCUCCAGACAUUAUCGCAAUUCGUCACGCACUUCAAGCACAAGCUACACCUAUAUCCCAACCAAACUUAACCUCUUUCACUCUUCGCACAUUCAAGGCACUGCUACGGAUUAUCCCACCAAUAUCACUUUCUGCUUUGAUUGCUGAUCCAAGUGCUUCUGAUGUCCCAAAUAUGACCAUCCCUCCAAUGCAAGCAACACUUUUUUUCAAUCCCCAAAGCAAGCCCAAGUAUGGAGCAUUCAAAGCAGCACAAUUUGGCUUUCUUGAGAAGGCUAUCCUUGGACCGUCUGGAUCUGACUCAACUUGCAUCUGCUUAAAGCAGUGUUACUACCAAACUGACAAAUGCAGCAUAUGGGCAGGAGCACUUAUGGACCAGGUUCAGCAAUAUGUCGCCACGGAGCUAGUGACUUGUGGCACCCCUCCCUUCAAUAUUACAAAUAUCUGCUUCGUACACAUUGCUCUUGCCACUAUUGAGGACGCUAGUGUUACUCGCACUUAUCUGAUUGAAGAGUUCAUUGAUGAGUCUACACAUGGGAAAUUCACCAAGUACAUAUCCAAUGAUUCACCUUCCCCACUGCAACACCUCGAUGCUAGAUCAAGUGAAAUAGCCCAGUACCUGUCAUUUGUGCAACACGUCCAAUAUAUCAAGACAAAGAAACUUGCUUAUGUCGCCGAUUUUCAAGGCUUGUCUUUAUUUUGUGGAAGGAAUAUUUUGACUGAUCCUCAGAUUAUGACCUCACCUGAUCUUUCAGGACACCUGUUUGCGGAUGGAAACUUGGCAUCUGCAUUUGCAUCUUUUGCGGAGAAGCACCAGUGCAACAUUGCAGGCAGUCGAAAGGCUGGGUCAGGUUAUUGGUUGUUCCAAACAAUGUCAGAUGAGAGAGAGUCUGGUGGCAAAGUUGAUGACUUUGGUGAAAGGAGCAUGGUACUAGGGACUCGUGAUAACAUUUCAUGA